CCAAUCUAUUUUUUUCAAUUUUGACAGGCGAGUAGCACCGUCCCAGCUUACUCGCUCACCGGCUAAACGAGUCCCAACCAAAAGUAUACCACCCGUAUACUCGAGUAAAAAAAAUACCAAUUACUUGUAAACUGUACUCGACCAAAGUUUUUUCGAACGAUUUUUUGGUCAGUAGCAAUUAGUUUAAUGAUUAAAGGCGAGUUGCUCUACUAAAUCACUUGACUAGUGUGAACAAGGCUUUAUGCCGUUCUUAGCGGUGCUACAUAUUUGGGCACAAGUCGCCGUCGCUAGACGCGCCCAUACGUGGCUAGAGUUGAUCUGCGACUAGUGAUAGCCUCUGGCAAUAAUGGCACCUUGUUUCCUGAGCUGCUGCGCUUGAACCAGAAUUGCCAGGAUAAGAUCGAAUCUAUCAUUCAAUCUAUUGAUAGAUUUGAUCCUUUGGGACUAACAAAGUCCUAAAUGGAAGAAUUUAUAUUUUUCUCUUUAAGAUGAUUGCUUUUAUCAGAAGAAAUUUUUAUUACCAUUACAUUGGGAUACGUCGUGCAACGAUUUUUCAAUUCAUGCACAAAUUGUUUUGAAUAACAUUCACGAUGGUAUAUCCAAAAAAUAUUCUCAAAAGCAAAGAAAGCCUAUAAAUAAUUUUAUUAGAAUAUUCUUCAGUUUGAGAUUGGAUGUGUAACGCCAGGUUUGUUCUAAGACGGCUGCUAUGCAGUCAUUCCAUAAAUCGGUAUUAAUGCACGUAUUCUCAUUGCACAGUAUUUCCUCGUUUAGUGUGGCAUAGUUGGAACACGCGUAGACUGCCGUAUUUGUUAUCUUGUCGUUUAGAUAAGUGAGAGCACGUAUUACUCGAUUUUGGCCGCCUCGGUAUUGGACUGAUUUCUUUUUAACAUGCAUGGACUGCACGUUAGUAAAUGCAAGUCUUAAAAUAGCUGGACAUUUAUGCAACCAUAGUUUCAUCGCUCGACUUCGAAUGAGUUCUUAUAUCAUUAUAGUUGUAGUGUGUGAGAGCCACGUCAUCCACGAGUGCACGGCUUCGGAGUUUUAAUAAAACAUUGGCGCUACUUCUUCCGCCGGGUUUCCUUAUAGCUGACGUUAAUGUCGUCUACGGAAAUCACAAUCAUUCAAUGUCAUAUUGUCGCUCAUUGGACUCAAUGUAUUUUAUGAUGCGUCAUAGAGUUGAGUUUGAUACAAUCAGGUCAGCGUGUCAACGAAUCUCAUAUUGUGUGGAGAUUGAGUACCUAUGUAGCUACUUUUGAAGAUUUACUUAUGCAUAUUUUGGCUUCUUAUGAAUUAUUUAGACAAUAGUUAGAAGCAUAACCGUAUUUCUGAGAGUCAACAUGUUAAAGUUCUUACUAUUUUUUAAUUUGCUUUCAAGAUUCUUCACAAGUCGUAACAUCCAUCCACGUUUCUCACUUCUUAAAUGAUGAUUAUAUGCAUAGUAACAGCGAUCGUUCUGGAGCAGUCUCACAAUGAGUGAGCGACCUUGCUGCUAUCAUUUGCGACAGACGCUUUACUCAGUAAAGCAGUAAAAUUUACUGCUUUGUGCAUCAGAGUGGAAGAUGCAUGUUCUAGGUAGACCUUACGUCACACGUUUGCGACGUUAACUGAGAACGGCUAUAAAAAAGAUUAUGCGCCACAUUGCAUUCAAUGAUAACAUAUUUAAGGUUCCUACAAAAUGAAUUGAUAACUCCCCGAUAAAACGUAUUUAGAUUAUAUCGUGUCCCAUAUACCUAAUUCGCGUUUAUUUGGCAUUACUGUCGUCCAUAUUUAUUUUGAUAAAUUCGUCAUACGUGUAUGGCCUAUUGUUACUUGUAUGCCAACAAUUCACAUUGUUAGUUUUGCAUUAAUGUUGCUAAUAUGUAGAGUGAGUUUCAUUGUAAUAAUAUCUUAUCGUUUAUGACUACUACGUAUGGGCAACGUAAAAAAUAAACCAUUUCCGUCAUGAUUCUCGAAAAUAUUGAUGUUAAUAUUAUUAGGUAUGAGUCAUACAGUUGCAGCUGGGCAAUCCCUAUUACAGUCCCGUUGGUGACUGUGUGCUUCCAGGAUAUUUGCGAGAUAUUCUAAAAACAACGUAUGUUUUAAGUAAUUUAGUCGAUGGUCUUCCUGCUUUGCUUAGUUAUGGCAUGACUGUGAGACUGUAGCGUAUGAAAUUACCUGCUUUCCUUGCCGUUGGGGUUUUUGUAAAGUUAUUGGUUUAUGGUUAGGUGCCUGAUAGUUAAGUACAAUCUAUGCUAUGAUUCAAAUACAAACAGUGGAGCGAUAUGAUAAUUUUAAAAAUAAACUAUCACCUCUAAAAAUCGUCCUGAACAGAAACAAAAAUGGAGGAAACUUAUCAACUAUCAGCUUCAUGAUGGAUUUCAUGAGAAAAAUAGCCUUCAAACCUCCAAUCUAGUUCACUAUAUAUUCUUAGGAGGAGUUCCUCCACAAAACAGACUGACUGGGCCUUAUUAUCGAGUUCGAGUCCAAGUUAUUCAUAUUAGGACGAUGGCAUGAUUCGCCUUGGGCUCUCGAGGUCUUCGUACUACAUUAUUAAAAUGAUUGAAAUAAAGACAUAGACUAAUAUUAGCAGCACGCACGAAAGAAAUAUAUAUGUAUACCUAAGUAAUUUUAAAGUAGUCUCGAUACUAAUUCAACUCCUCCAAAUCCAGAGUUCUCCAAGACAAUACCGCGACGUACAAACUUUUUGAGUAUUGUCUAUGUUUGCACGAAAAACUUUAAAAUGCGAAUUUUAUGUCAAAUAGACAUUUUGCAUACAGUAAUCAAAGUCACAAAAAUAUUAUUUCUAAACGGUUUACUUGUAUCGGAUUAACAGUAAAAAACUAAAAUAUACACCUUUUUAUCAUGUUAAUUUUUAAAAUGUAACAUUUUUAAUCCCUUUUAUCUCCAAGUCCAGACUUUGAGAUGAGGGGCUUAUUUACAUCGUAAGACGUGCCAAGAUGUCCAACCUGAAAGCAACAAAAAAUCUUAAUAAUGGAAAAUGACCCUAGCAAAAAAGAGUCCAAAGGUAAAAGGAUACUGAAGAAAGCAAUACGUCGCAAUAGUAAGUCCAACAACAACAGCCAGAGCUCCGCCAUGGAACAAAGUGUCGGUGUGUCGCGCUCGAAGAGUUUCGAAAAUAAGCGUCUGUCCAUCGAAAUAAACGACAGCUCCCCGCUGCCGAUGCCGGACGGGAUGAAGGAGAAAGUCGAGCACGACAUGCCGCAAAAGCUGAAAAUAGACGACAAACUAUUUCCAAGCCAGGACGGCCCCUCGGACGAGGUGAAAUUGAAGAAGGUUGUGGAAAUACAGGAGAGCCGCAACGAGAUCUUUGGCGAAUCGGCCACUGCGUCUAAAAACGGUUCCAAGUGCCGAAACUCCCCGAGACUCGAGAAAAAGGACGACCGCGUUUCUGAAAUGGAUCCUAAUAAAAAGAGUCUAAAGAGGGUUCGUUUCAUUACUAGUCUCGUAUCGUACCUUUGUGCCGAGUAAUUCAGUUAAUGCGUAGAUGGAUUACAUGCUCUCACGAUAGCUUCACGUGCCCUUGCAAUGUGCCGUGUAUACUGAUACAUUGUUGUUAUUCCAACUGAUUGUUAUUUAAUUCAUCAUUGUGUAAUAGACUCAGCUGUAUAGUAGUUACAUGCAUUACUGUGACUCCUCUACAAGCGGGUGUCACAACGCAUCUGGAAUAUCUUAAAAUAUCUUCAGUUCAGUUGUACUACAACAAAUUCCGGAUGUCUCUUUGUGUGGCUGUGAAUGAAUAUUGAAUUGGUUGUUGAAUGGAGUAUUCAUAGAUUCAAAUUCAUUCAUUCGUGCUUUAUGGUUUCCCUGAUUAAAAUUUUAUUGGUUUUAUUGAUCUCGGUGUAAUUGUUACGUUUGAUGCGA